UUCGUCUUUCAAGCUUGUCGGGUCGUUCUUAUUAUUUUUAAAAGAAUAAAAAAAAAUGGUGAAGUUCACGGGAUCAUUUCAGUCGCCUUUGGAAUUUGGUCACGUAAUUGUCAUUAGUGGAAUUGCAAGAAAAUCAGCAGAGAAUUUUUUUGUGAACUUUUUGGGCGAUAAAGCAUCUGGGGACAUCCCAUUGCAUUUGAAUGUUGUGUUUGGUGAAAAUGAGCAGAUUAUUAGGAAUACGAAGAUUAAUGGAGAGUUCGGAGCAGCCGAGACAUCACCAGGAAUGUUCACAAAAGAGAAAAAUCCACUAAAAUCAGGCGACAGAUUCACAUUCUACAUUCUCAUCGGUCUCGACCGUUUCCACAUCAGCAUAAAUUCAAUUCACUUUUGUGACUACAUCUUCCGUGCCUCCGUCAAGCGUAUUCAAUCCUGCCAAGUCGUUCGUGACGUUGAUCGUGUAAUUCAAUUUGAUCAUCGUCGUAUCUUCCCAUUCACAUAUCCAGUAGCACAAUCAAGAUUGCCAGCACAUUUAGUGUUUUCAAAUGACAUUCCAGCACCAUUUAAGGAAGGAAGUGUACUUGUGGUUAAAGGAAGUGCUGGUGGCAAUCCAAAUGGUGCUUUUAGAAUCAAAUUUUAUGUUGGCAAAGGUGACAAGCAGGCUUUUACAUUUGAUGUGAGGUUUUCGCAGCAGAAGGUCGUGAGGAACAACUGUGUUAAUGACAGUUUGUUUUUCGUUGAAGACGAUGAAGAGUCCUAUGGCGGCUUCCCAUUUGACUUUGAAAAAAUCUUCAAAAUUGCCAUUGGAUUCGAGCGUCAAGGCGUUCGAGUGUCAGUCAAUGGAAAGUUCUUCUGUGAAUAUCCAUACACAGCCAAACUCGUUCAAUAUUCCGGCAUGAAAAUCAGCGAGAGAAGCGACCUUCGACUUCAUAUCAUGGAAGUUCAUCAUUUCCGUAUUGAGAAGGACUUGCAUCACUUGGAUGUCUUCUCGAAGCUCGACUGCAAUAUAUUCUAAGAUGCUAAGGACAGUUAGGAAGAUGGGAACAGUUUGGAUGCUGAUUUUUAAAUCUAAGCUUCAAAGCAAUAAUUUGAAGAAUAUUAAAAAAUUCAAUAAAUUUUAUUAUAAUUUUCAUAUCCUAAAUUUGACAUUAUUGAGCAAUUAGCUGCAUUGUUCUCAAGGGGAUAACAACAUGAAGGGCAAAAUGUUUUUAUCUUCAAAAAUUGCUGUCCACUUUUUCAAUCCCAAAAGAGCAUAGGAUUAAAUUUCCUGUAAAAAAUUUUCCCAUCAUGUUGUUGCCCCCCUUGAUCCCCACUUAUUCAAAACAGUUUCAUUCCAAAACCAAAAUUUCAAAAUCAUCGAAUCGAUGCUCUUUCCAAAAAUAAGGAAUAAAGAUGGCUUUAAUAGAGUCCACGACUUUUCCAAUUAUAAAGAUGCCUUCGUGCAUUCUUCGGCCAACAAAAAGCUUUGCAUCGCCUUCGUAUCCACCCUGGACAGCAUUAUUUGGGAAGGAUCCGGUAAAUUGUACCCAACGAGCUGAAAUUCGAUGUGUUAAGAAAUUAAAAUUGAUAUUUUGAAGGUUUUAUGGAUUGCCUUCCUUAAUCCACAUACAACUUACGGCUUUUAUUCGAUGCCAAAAUCUCAAUUUUGUCCUCAAAUUUCAGUUCCUCUCCAAAGUAUGGCACAUAAAUUGUUUUAUGUGGACGAACAAACUUUCCAAUAAUUAAAUUUUUAUCGUGCAUUCGUCUUGCAACAUAAGUCCUAACACUUCCUUCGUCACUGUAUACAGAAUUCUUUGAGAUUACGUCUGUUGAUGGAUCGUACGGGUUCCAGACUUCGUUUCUGAAAUGAGAGGGAAAGUUGGUAAGCUACAAUGACUAAGUGGGAGGUUGUGAAUGGCAUCAAUAGUUGAGUAGGAAUGAUAUAUGGAAGCUAGACUGCAUUAUUUGGUGUCUUGUAUACUUUUGUUUCUUAUAUUCAGUUGUUGACGUCAUUUAUGAAUAGUGGAAAAUGACAAUCAACAUCCUUAACAACACAAAACGUAGAAAAGUCACAGAACAGUGACCUUAAGCCGACAUAAGACUAGCUUGAACCAAAUCCUGCCCUUCGA